AUGGAACAACCGGAAUUUAUUGCAACAAAUGCCAGAGCUAUAAGUCUGCUCUACUGUGCAAUAAGUGGAGAAGAAUAUGGAAAGAUAUCAACUUUUGAAACUACCAAGGAAAUGUGGAACAAGUUGGAAGUAACUUAUAAAAGAACUUCCACAGUUCGAGAAAACAAAAUCGAUGCGCUACAACAUGACUAUGAAACCUUUAUGAUGAAGGAUGAUGAAGAUAUUGAAUCUAUGUUUGCCAGGUUUAGUAAAAUCAUCUGUGAACUCAAGUCUCUUGGAGUUGUGUACUCACAUUCUCAACAAGUAAGAACACUUGUCAGAGGAUUACCAAAGGCUUGGGAACCAAGGCUAUUGUUUUGGAAGAUGGAAAUCUGGACAAGAUUACUUAUGAUGAACUUCGAGGAAAUUUAA